AUGAUGACUUCAAGUAAACUCUCGCACCUGGGUCAAGUUUACGUGCCAAGGCAAGAUUACAUCCCUAUAGGAUGCCUCGGAAUUCCUCACCAUGAUACUGAGAUAUGCCAAGAGGACUGGGAGGCCGACGCUCUCAAGACGUGGAAACGCUUCGCAUCCAAACAACUCCUCGUGGAUCAAUGCGCGACGAAAGCAGAGGCGGACCGAGAGUUCCUGUCGCCGGAAUUUCAAAGUCGGAUUUUCGAUUCGAAAGCAUUGAAAUUUGCUAGGCGACUUUUCGAGUUUGGAUGGAUAGACUUGGAAUUCUGUGCGGAUCCGGGGGGCGCGUCCGGCAUUGUUCGAGUACAUGUGCUGCCUGACGACGCACAACACGAGGUGGCUGAACGGGCCAUGCAUGGCUUGGAGAAGGCUCGAAAACGCCUCCUCCGACUUCUGGACUACUCAAGGUCUACCUGGGAAGGAACCUCGACCGCAUUGAUUGGGAAAAACUCUCCCUUUGCGCCCAAGGACGGUGCCGGAGAGCAAGAUUACACUCUUCUGCAAGUCUUCAACACAAUACCUUCUCCUGUCCCGGACCAGAGUUUGGUCAGCAAGGCGCUCUUUCGAGACGCGAUGAAUGACCUUUUGCACGGUGCUAUUACUGGUUUGACAACCGAUCUACUCCCAUAUCAGCGCAGGUCUACAGCAGCCAUGCUGCAAAAGGAGUCGGAUCCCGGCGUGGUCUUGGACCCGAGACUGCUGACCAUGGAAAGUCAGGAUGGAUCGACAUAUUUCAUGGAUCCCGUGGUGGGGACAGUUUUGAGGGAGCCGCGCUAUUGCGACAAUGUUGCUGGGGGCAUAUUAGCGGAAGAGAUGGGGUCCGGAAAGACCAUCAUUUGCCUUGCCCUGAUCUUGGCAACAAGAAACCUGCCUACAUACCCGCCAGAGAUGUUCAGGGUCAAAUCUCGUCCGAGGAGAAGGGAAAUUGGCACGCUGGCUGACAUGGCAGCAUCAUGCGUCACCCGCAACGACCUUCCAUGGAGACUGUACUUUGAGACCUGGAGACGUGAGCUGGGUUACGACUUCGCUCGGUGCGAGCAAGCUAUUCGCCGGAAUCCGGGAUACUACCUUCAGCCUCGACCUAACCUGCGUCGUCGCAAGCUUCGUUACUCAUCAUUUGAGGAGCCGCCCCCCGUCAAAAUGUUCCUCAGCAACGCAACCUUGAUUGUGGUCCCGAACAACUUGGUGUCUCAGUGGAGGCAAGAGAUGGCAAAGCACACCAGUGGCCUGAAAGUCUGCAUUCUCGCCAAGUACGACGAUCUUCCACCUCGCAAAGACCUGCUGGACCUUGACAUUCUGCUGUUUUCGCAGUCGUGUUUUGAAUGCCUGGCGUACCUGCUGACCUCGGUCCACUUCAAAAGAUGCAUCGUCGACGAAGGUCACAAGCUCGGUAAUUCCAAGAUUAGCCGCAAAAGCAACCUGCUCAUCGAGCUGGAUAGUCUGACCUUUUCAUCAAAGUGGAUCGUCACCGGAACGCCUUCGCAUGGUCUCUACGGUGUCGAUGACCUGGCUCUGGACAAGCUGCCGAGCCUAAACGCCGCCGAGUCUCGGAUACGGCCUGACAGUCAACCGCGACGCGCAACGGCGGAGAUGGAGAAGAGAGACUUGGAGCGGCUUGGCUCAAUAAUGUCCUUGUACCUGAAAGCUAGACCCUGGGCGAAUUGCACCACAGAGCAUGGAGACGGCGGCGCCAGCUGGGCUGCGUAUAUGCUGCUGCCAAGGCAUAGCAAAAACAGCCACGGCAGUUGGGACUGUUUGAAGGCAACCCUCAACUCCCUCAUCAUCAGGCAUCGGCUGUCCGAGAUUGGAAACCUGCUGCCGCCUGUCGACGAGAAAGUGGUUGUGCUUGACGGGUCGUACCAGGAUCGGCUGUCGUUGAAUCUUUUUGCCAUGAUGAUCAUCUUCAACUCGGUUCAGUCGCAACGAACGGACGUUGACUACUUUUUCCACCCGCGGCAGCGCAAGAGCCUGUUGGAAAUUGUGCACAACCUCAAGCAAUCCAGCUUCUUUGGAGCGUCGUUCUUCACCUCGGAAGAGAUUGCCAAAUCCGUGGGUACUGCGGAGGCCUUCCUGGCCGAGGGCAAGGUCCCCAUCAGCGCCGAGGACAGGGCUCUUCUCUGCCAAGCCAUCAAGCUCGGAAGGGUUGCCGUCCGCGACAAGCUUCGCAACCUCAGCAACCGCUUCCACGAAAUGCCGCUCCUGGUGCGUGGACCUCUGGGCAGCGCCAGCCACGCGUGGUCUCUGGACGGCGAGGGCGGCGACAGCAUAUGCACUUCGGCCAGCCUGCUUCUCUCUCUUCAACGGCUCCUCGCCAGCGCUUCUCAUGAAGCGGAACGGCUGAACUCGUUGCUGAACGGGGGUCUGAUCCACGAGGGCCUGCUAGAAAGGGACAAGAUGCUGGCAGCGCAGGAAUCGCCUGCGGCGGCCAAGAAGACGGCGGCCAAGAAGAAAGAGCUGCUUCUGGCUGGAAACACAAAACUCGGCAGCGAUACGCGGCGCCCGCAGUCUCGGACGCAUGGUCCCCAUGGCCUGGAGCCUAUGGAUGGACUUUUCAUCGACGGCCUGCCAGCAAGUCUCCGGCGGGCAAAGGUUGCAUCAACGGUAUCCGCAAAGCUUUCGUAUCUGAUUGACGGGGUUUUGCACCAUCAAAAGGACGAGAAAAUCAUUAUUUUUUACGAAAAUGAAAAUGUCGCCUGGUAUCUUGCGAGCAUGCUAGACGUGCUUCUAGUACAGCAUCUCAUUUACGCAAAGUCCCUAUCAACGGAGCGGAAAGCGCAGUACGUAGACGCGUUCAAUCACAACCACGUGUUCAGAGUCCUUCUCAUGGACGUAUCCCAAGCAGCCUUUGGGCUAGACAUGCACGAGGCCUCCCGGAUCUACUUCAUCAACCCCGUCCUCAACCCGCAAGUCGAGGCCCAGGCCAUCGGGCGAGCCAGGCGCAUCAGCCAGCACCGAGCCGUGUCCGUCGAGACGCUUGUGCUGAGGGACAGCAUCGACGAGGUGAUCCUCGAGCGCAAGCAGCACAUGACGCAGGCCGAGCACGGCCAGGUCAAGUCCCUCCUCGACGUCCGCCCCAUAUACAACUGGAUCAAGAACGCGACAAUCCUCGACCUGCCGCGGAUGGAGGAGGCCAGCAUGCCAGCCCACAUGGUCGACUUGCGACCGCCGCAGCCCGUCUUCGCGAGAGCCCCUGACGCGGACGAGGGCGCUUUGAACUCGUCGCGCGGCCGUCCGACGCCGGAGACGGCUGCUUGCGCACAAGGGGCCGAGCCCACCGUCCCGGCGAAGCGGCUGCAUGAUGGGGGGGAGCAGCCCACGGCAGACGGGCGGUGCGGCCGGCCCCGCCGACGGAUUCGCUUCGCGCGGCUGGCUGAUUCUGACGAGACCACCGGGGGCUAG